GUUUCCUUUCCUUAGCUGUGAAACAAAAACUCUUUCUCUGUCUCGCCUCGUCGCAUAUCUCCUCCUACUCCGCCGAUUCUACGCUACUAUUUCUCACCCUUUGCUUUCCCCUCCCUCAGCGUAUCGGACCUCGAAUCUCUCCUCCUUCACGGGUCUCGAAUUUCAGAUUGCAUAUUCCAUCUCCGUCACAGCAAAUAAUCAUUGUAAGUGGAUAAAAUCUUAAUAUGUCUGGAUUGAUUGAAGGCCUUCCAGAUGCUGUUGCACUCAGGUGCCUUGCAUGGGUUCCCUUCCAUCUCUAUCCCAAGUUGGAGCUUGUUUCUCGUUCCUGGCGAGAUGCUAUUCGUAGCCCUGAACUGUUUAAAGCUCGAGAAGAGGUUGGUUCUUCAGAGGAAUUACUUUGUGUAUCUGCAUUUGACCCUGAGAAUUUAUGGCAGCUUUAUGAUCCUCUCCGAGACCUCUGGAUCACUCUUCCUGUUCUACCCUCGAAGAUUAGGCAUCUAGCUCACUUUGGUUUGGUCUCCACUGGUGGAAAGCUGUUUGUGCUCGGAGGUGGGAGUGAUGCAGUUGACCCUUUGACUGGUGAUCAAGAUGGGAGUUUUGCAACCAACGAGGUCUGGUCAUAUGAUCCCAUAAUACGUCAAUGGUCUCCAAGAGCAUCCAUGCUUGUACCUCGUGCUAUGUUUGCUUGCUGUGCUUUGAAUGGCAAGAUUAUUGUUGCAGGUGGUUUCACCAGCUGCAGGAAAUCGAUCUCUCAAGCAGAAAUUUAUGAUCUGGAGAAAGAUGUCUGGAUCCCAAUACCUGAUCUCCACCGCACUCAUAAUUCAGCAUGCACAGGGUUAGUUAUUGAAGGAAAAGUUCACAUAUUACACAAGGGAUUGUCAACAGUUCAAAUCCUGGACCGUUUGGCACUUGGGUGGACAGUUGAGGAUUAUGGUUGGCUUCAGGGUCCCAUGGCAGUAGUUCAGGGUGCCCUCUACAUCAUGUGCCAUGGACUCAUUUUCAAGCAAGAAAAGGAAUCAAGAAAAGUGGUUGCUUCAGCAUUAUCUGAAUUUCGUCGAAGAAUUGGUUUUGCAAUGAUUGGACUUAGAGAUGAGAUUUAUGUGAUUGGGGGGGUGAUAGGCCCUGAGAGGUGGAAUUGGGAUAUCAAACCAACAUCUGAUGUUGAUGUGUUGACUGUUGGGUGUGACAGACAAACAUGGCGCCAGGCAGCGCCAAUGACAAGGUGCCGAGGAACAAUUCUUGGAUGCACACAGCUAAGCAUAUAGAUUCCUACCUUUUUCUUCUGUGUUUAUCACUCUGUUGUCAAAAUUGUACUCUCUUGUUAGAGGCAAUGCAUCCCACCUCUUUGAGACGAGGAAUGAUCUUUGAAUUAGCUACUGCCUUCCUUCUUUGUAAGGCUUAAUUGUCAAUCUUGUCUUCUGUUGAUUGAAUCUUUAUGGGAAGGACAGAUUUAGAUGUAGAAUGGGAAUUUGAUAUGAUGUGAACUGAAAUCCUCUGGACCCUACUAGGUUGAGUCUGGUCGAGUCUGUCAAUUCAAAAUAACUAGAUUAAAAUUGA